CUCCAGCAGUCAUUGUGUAUCGGUUCCGUCACUUGUCUUUGAGGGUUUUCUUUAGCAUUAGCACUUAUAUCCCCUGUUUAUUCAUUUUGUCCUAUUAAGGGGAGAAUGAGUGCGGAAGCUGCAGACCGAGUAGCUGCAGUGGGCAACAGUCGGCCCAGCACCCCUCUGCAGACGUCAUGGUUCGAGUUCCUCCUGGAUGGCAGCCUGCUGGAGAAACACCUGCAGAAAUCAAACCCAGACCCGACACCAGCGCAGCUGAUCAUCCAGUUCCUGGAGCAGGCGUCAAAGCCAUCUGUGAAUGAGCAGAAUCAGGUGCAGCCUCCAGCAGACAAUCGCAGGAACCGCACCCUGAAGUUGCUGGCUCUGAAAGUAGCCGCCCACAUGAAGUGGGAUCUGGAUGAACUUGAGAAAGGCUUGACCACACCAGUGUUAAAUAUGUUACUGAACGAGCUCCUGUGUGUGAGCAAAGUGCCACCAGGCGUGAAACAUGUGGACCUGGACCUCUCAACUCUGCCUCCUACCACAGCCAUGGCUGUUAUCAUCUACAACCGCUGGGCCAUCAGAACCAUAGUGCAGAACAGUUUUCCAGAGAAGCAGACCAAACCCGGACCUCACCAGAUGAACAUGUUAAGUAUUGUGCAGCAGGAGAAAGAAAUGACGGACAACAUCCUUUGUGUGCUGAAAGAACAGGCGACUGACUCGAUCAAUGUUCUGGAAGGAGCUGUGCGGCUGAAGAAAGACUUCUACGUUCACACCCUGAGGACUCUGGACCUGCUGGCUGCUGAUGCGGCCGCCAACGGAGAGACGGAGUCCUCGACAGCGGGGCUUCGCAUCAGUGCUGACGAGCUGCACUGUCAGGUGCAUUAUGAUCUGGGAGGUAUUUUCUUCCAGCAAGGCUGCACAGACCAACCAGCCUUUGAGAAAGCUAGGGAUCACUUCAGACAAACAAAGGAGCUGUUGAAGAAGCUGGACUCGACUGUUCACGUCCACCUGGAUGAGAAGCGUCUGGCCGGUUACUGGAACGCAUGCAAAGCUUUGACAGGAGACUGUGACCCCUCUGACUCCCAAACCACACCCUACGAUCAGAUCAACACUCUGAUCCGGGUACACAACUACCAGGCUGUCAUCGAAGCCUUCAUCAAAGACAACGCAACCCGCAGUUUGCCGAGCCACUUCCGACGCUCUGUGCUCAGGGAGUUCAUGUACAAAGUCCAACAAGGGGAAACAGGCCUGGACGAGGUUUGCCACAAGCUCUGUGUGUGCAACGCAGUCCGAGAUGCUCUGGAAGGAGAAGUGCUGAGUGUGCGUUUCCAGCAGCUGCUCCUCAAGCCCAGCAAACGAAUGGUGGACUUCAUUUUAGAGGUCUGCACACGUUCACUGGAAAAGGAGCGUCCGUCCAAAACAUCCCGAAGAAACAUGGCCAUUUUCAUGAAGACUCUGUGUGAAAGCUUGCAGGAGCUGCCUCUGGUGUUUGUGGUGUCAUCUCAUAAGCUCUUCACGGAGCUGCUGAAAGAGGAGGAGAGGAAGCUCCUGGUGGAGCAGAUGAGGAGGAGGUCGGCCACAGUCAAUCUGAGCGCCAAACCCCUGCCUUCCUUCUAUGACAUUCCAGCUUCGGCCAGUGUGAACAUCGGGCAGCUGGAGCAGCAGCUUAUCCUCUCCCUGGAGCCUCGCAGGAUCAGACAGAUCCUUAUUGAACUUCAUGGCAUGGCCGAACGGCCCUUCUGGAGGGUCAACAGCAAGUGGGAGGUUCCUCCAGACUACAUCACUGUAAUCCUCAGUAUUAAAGACAAGGUGACCAAGGACCUGGUGUACAUCCUAAUGGCCAAAGGACUCCACUGCAUUUCAAUAAAGGACUUUAUCCACGCGCGGCAGCUGUUCUCGGUCUGCCUGGAGCUGGUUACAGAGUUCUCCCCGAAGCUGAGGCAGGUGAUGCUGAAUGAGAUGCUGCUGCUGGAGGUUCGAGCGCACGAGACGGUGGCAGCCGAGGGCAGCAAGGAGCGGCCGCCCCCUGACCUGGUCAGCAGGGUCAGAGGUUACCUGGAGAUGAGGAUCCAUGAUCUGCCACUGCGUCAGGUGGUAGGUGAGGAGUGUGUCGCCUUCAUGUUGAACUGGAGGGAGAACGACUACCUGACUCUGCAGGUGCCACCGUCUCUGGUCAUGAACAACCCGUACAUCAAGCUCGGUCAGCUCCUGGCAUCCACGUGCAAGGAGCUCCCCGGUCCCAAAGAGAGUCGCCGCACGGCCAAGGAGCUGUGGGACGUGGUGGUUCAGAUCUGCAGCAUGUCCGUGCAACAUAAGAGGAACAGCGACGGCCGAGUGGGCCUCAUUAAACAUAGAGAGUCCUCUAUGGGCAUCCUGCACAGGAGCAAAUUCAUCACUUUCAUCAAAAAGCUUAGAGAGCCUUUGGUGCUGACAACUCUCAUCUCAUUGUUUGUGAGGCUCCACAGCAUAGUGCGGGAUGAUAUUGUAAAUGAGGUGACAGCAGAACACCUCUCCAUCUGGCCGUCGUCUCUUCCAAAUAUACAGGCAGUAGAUGUGGAAGCUGUGGCUGUGACUGUCAAAGAGCUGGUGUCCUACGCUCUAACUCUGAACCCCAACAACCAAUCGUGGCUCAUCACGCAGGCCGACAUCUACUUCGUGACAAAUCAGUACUCGGCUGCCCUGAACUUCUACCUCCAGGCUGGAGCCGUGUGCUCUGACUUUUUUACCAAAGCUGUGCCCCCCGAUGUCUACACCGACCAGGUUUUGAAGAGGAUGAUCAAGUGCUGUUCGAUGAUGAACUGCCACACACAGGUUGCCAUCCUCUGCCAGUUUCUGAGAGAAGUCGACUACAUGACAGUAUUCAAAGCUCUUCAAGAACAGAACAGUCAUGAUGCCAUGGACUCAUUCUAUGACUAUAUCUGGGACGUCACCAUCCUGGAAUACCUCACAUAUAUUCACCACAAACGAGGCGAGACUGAGAAGAAACAAAUAGCAAUAAAAGCGAUUGGCCAGGCAGAGCUGAACACCAGUAACCCCGAGGAAGUGCUGCAGCUGGCUGCACAGAAGAGGAAAAAGAGGUUCCUGCAAGCGAUGGCUAAACUCUACUUCUAGUAGACAUGAACCAGUGUUGGACUCUGGGAGGGAGGGAAUAUACAUUUUUAUUUUGUGGUAGAAAAUAAACUUCCAAAUGAAUAGACCAUGUGCAA